GAGAAAGUGUCUGGCCGCGCACAUAAAUCACGAGACGUCGAUACGAUCAAAAUGCCGAACAGAUUCGUGACUUUGGCAGCGAUUGUUCUGCCCACCGCCGCCGCCUUUUGGUUCGACCCAAGCACAGGCAAAUGUGAAGGCCAAUUUCAACCCUGCCCGUCGCAACCUGCCGAGCGGGUGAUAUGCCGGUUCGGUAGCUUUUUGCAGUGCUACGAUUCUUCUUACGAGGAGGUCAUACUGCCUUGUACAGAGAACCAUGACAACAGUACUACACAUGAACUGCCCAGGGGCCUCCCUUGCAAAAAUGAAACUCUGUCCUCAACUUUAACUGCAAGUGUCACAACACAAAUGACUUCUAUUAUCACAAACUCAACGAAGACUACAAAAAUACCAACAAAGACGACAACCAUUUCAAAAUACAACGUGACUGAGGAUAUCUUGGACUCCAAAGAUUUUUUUGCUGAGGGAGAAUCCCCGUCUGGAUUAAGUUUUGACAAGUUUGUGCACAGCGCCAGGCCCACCUUGAUUGUUAUAGCGUCUUUAGCAGGAAUAAUAUUGACUCUUACAAUUCUGAUCUGCAUCGUUUCCUACACCAGCUGUGUGAGAAAACAAUUUGAUGAUUAUACGCCAUGUUAAUAAAAUUAAAAAAAAAAACAUUAUAAUAAUUUUAUACUUUCAAGUGCUGAUGAUUUAAUAAAAUAAAAUAUUUCUUGCAAUCGAUCUCAAUGUUUAAAAUUUCUUUUGGAGCAUAAAUUAUCAGCUUUUUAAAAUAAUUAUAAAAUUAGAUUCAAUCCAUCAAAGUUUGAAUUUUUUAUUAUUUUAAUGAAGUAAAAAUAUACAAGGAGGAGCGUGACAGCUCCCAAUCAGCACUGCAAAUUAUUAUUUUUUCUUUUCAAAUAAAACUUGAUGACAUUGAUGACUUUGUAAAAAAAUUAAAAGCCUAAGACAGCAGAAAAAAUAUUUGCGUAAUUUUUAUUACACAAAUAUGCAGUGAGCUGGUCUAUAUUUUUGUCAUAAGAAAUAUUUUAUUUUAUUACCCACAGUGCACUAUGCAAUAAUUGAAGUCUUGAAUUUCUUCACUCGCAAAAAAUAAAAUAAAAGAUAAAAUAUUAUAAAUUAUUCGUAUGUAUACAAAUGAAUAUACUGUUGUUAAAAACUAAUUUUACAAAUGAACAAAAUGUUUCCUAGGAAUAAAAAGCUUCGCCAUCUGGUAACCCAAAUUAUCAGUAUAUAUU